AUGAAUAUUGUAGCCCAGCGCGGGCCCUGCACCACCCACUGGGCGACGAACUAUCUCGGCGAGUACCCUACGAUACGGCAGCUACCCGCAUCACACGGCGAGGGCAAGACAUGCCUGCAUGGUCCUGGUGACGGGGAAUGCACAAACGUCGCCGCUGCGGAUCUCGAGACCGGCUACCAUAUGGCUACUUUGUCUGUACGUAUCCGGUGCCGGCAACAUCCUCGCCAAGUCCUCGGAGACCGGCGGCUCCUCCUGUACCCGCCCGAGGGGCAGCUCCUACUCAACCCAUCCCAUCCGAGCGAGAUGCUGUACAUCCAGCCCGAGGGCCAGCCCGCAGCGUGCUCGACAAGUCGCACAAUCGGCGUGGGUGUGAUGUUCUCCCAGAAUCAGCAUGUCUGCUAG